AUGUUAUAUUCAUGUCGAAGAUGUCAUACCAGGGUUGAGGACGAAUCCAUCUAUGCAUUUGGAAGUCACUACCAUCCACAUUGCUUUGUUUGUUUCGAUUGUCAUGAACCACUCUCUGACAAAUAUUAUGAGAUUGACAACCUACCUUAUUGUGAGUUGGACUUUAAGAGACCAAGAGGUCCAUCCCCUGGAAGAAAUUCAAAGUCCCCAAGGUCAUCAGUUUUCAAGGGUCUUGGUAAUGGUCAUGGACAUGGAUCUUCAGCAAGGUCACCACCCUUGAUACAAGAGUCCGGUGCUGGUGGAUCAUAUACCUCACCAACUUCAUUGGUCGCCACCAAGUGUGAUGGUGAUCAAAGGGUACACACUGUGUGUAGUCCAAGCAGCAUGUGCCAUAAUGAUGAGGUGGGCCAGCCAUCAUCACCAGUCAACAGCUCAUCGAACACCUCAACACCAUCAGGUGACUUCACAAUGGGCACAGUCGAUGGACAGUAUCAGCGAAACUCAGUGUCAUACAGUGAUCGCUCCAUCAACAAGACUCAAGGUGCAUCAACAACAACCAACAGCUUGUUUGAUUGUCACAAGUGUACCAAAGAGAUAUGGGGUGCCACUGUUGUCAAUGCAAAUGGUAACAAGUUCCAUCCACAAUGCUUCCAAUGUCAUGAGUGUCAUGGAUCAUUGCUCAAGGGCUAUGUACAAGAUGCCAAAGGUUACCUUUGUGCCGCCUGUCAAGUCAUGGUCAAUGAUCGAAACAAACCCCUCCGUCAACAAUGUGGACAUUGUUCAGCAUGUUACAAGAGGUUCAAUGUUGAAGAACAUGUGAUAUCAAUUGAUCAGGAGAGAUAUCAUCCACAAUGUUUCAAGUGCUGUUCUUGCAGAAUGCCAAUUGAAGGAUUGAGUUUCAGUAGGGACAGAGUGACAUCAACAUUGUCAAGCUAUUGUUGUUAUUCAUGUUUGUCAUCAGGUAGAGUUGAUCGUUGUCCAGAGUGUAGUGAGGCUGUCAUUGGAGGAUCGAGCAUAUUCGCACUCGGUAAAUCAUAUCAUCCUCAAUGUUUCAAGUGCUCAGUAUGCAGAGUAUCAAUUGGACAUGGUACCAAGUUCUCAAAGGAGGGCAGGAUCGCAUGUGUAUCAUGCAGACCAUUGGAUAGCAACAGCAACAUGGUAAUUCUAAGUGUAUAA